GACGUGACCGACCGUCCAUGUGACUAACGGUGAAACUUGAUAUCAUGGAAGUCAAAUUCUUCUCACCAUACUGUACACAGCCGAGGAUCACUACCUACAGUACAUCUCAGUUUGGCUCAGGACGGUGAAGAGAAAGGAACACCGUGUCUCUACCUACAUCUCAGUUUGGCUCAGGACGGUGAAGAGAAAGGUACACCGUGUCUCGCUCCUCAAUAGUCACCCUCUAGCUAGUGAUUAAUAGAAAACAUAUUUUACUUAUUUUCUCCUCAUAUCUUUUUCAAUGUAAUUUUCUUAUUCUCUUAAUGUUUGUGGGAUAAUAUACUCACCCUGAAUUUAAGAAAAGAAAGCGGUUGUUAUAUUCUUCAGUUAGUGUGUUAAAUUAUCGUCACUGCUGACUAUGUCUACACCUCGGAGCUGGUCACCGUGUCAGAGGUCACUGUCACGGUUGGUCAAGGUCACCAACACAUUAGGUCACCCGGGAGCUGGUGAGGACGCUUGACCAAUGCCCCCAUAACAACAAACAAUCACCAUAUACCCCAGGAGGUUCUGUGAUGAUAUACAGACGGCGUAUCGUCAGGAGGUUCUUGCCCUUCGUCUGCUGUUUCCUCCUCCUCAGGAUCUUCGUGAUCAGGGAGGAUGGUGGUGUCCCCCGGGAGGAGCUAAGGCGACGCCCUGUGCCGGGUGAUGACCAGGAGGGUGGUGGUGGUCGUGGGGCGUUGAGAAAAGACGUGACUCACCAUACUUACAGCCGGAGCCAGGCAAGUGAGGGUCAGCUGAGUGAUGCUCCAGCACUCUCCCCCUCACUAGAGGAUCACCAGCCAAGUCAGCCUCCAUUGAGAUACAGGAACAGCGUGAGUGAAGGAUCUGCCCUGGCUGGUGAAGGUCUUGGUGAUACUGAAGGAAACAAACACGAAGUACAGGGGCUUGAGAGAACCACAACAACGUCUCUCAAUAGUUGGCCGCUGUGGAUGCGAGUCACCGACGACCUCUACACCUACAGCGCCUUCUGGGACUCCCGUAAAGACCUAGUUGACGGUCCGGUCGUCAGGGUACUGGGAAUGUUGAGGUACCGGAAGGAACUGGUGAAGGAGGGCCCCGGCUACAGGUGGACUGGUGAAGUGAAAGACGGCCUGUUAAACUGUUCUUGUUUCUUGUGGUACAGAGAGAGAAAGCAGCCUCAAGAGGGGCAGUUGAAAGCUUUUAUUUAUGAAGAGGGAUUAAAAACGUUUGUGGGAACUUUCCUCCUGUGUUAUCCACCAGCACCAAAAUACGGUGGGUCAUCAGGGGAAACUUCAUUAAAUGGAAGCUUGAGUGUUGAGCCAGUGAGCGAAGCAAGCAUCCCGUACGGUGUAUCCUUCCCACCUCACAACACUCUCCAAGGCCACCCUAAACUGAUCUACCUAAAUAACUAUGAGAAAAUUUCAAGUGUGUCAUCGACCAAGAGCAAUACCAGCGCCGUGUGUGUCCGUCAACUAUUUGGUCCCUACAUUGACCUCCGAGGUAUCACACAGUUCAUUGCUUACUACACCACCGUCCUUAGAGUGUCGCAUUUUUACUUCUAUGAUCAGGCUAUUAAUAUUAAGGUGAAGGAACUGUUAAGAUUAUUCAACUCGAAAGACGUUACAAUACACAUCCUACCCUGGAACGUCCCAGUAAACAACAAUGAGGACUUAUGGGAUCUAGGGUCCCUCACAGCCCUCACUGACUGUGUGUACCGGAGCUCUGGCCGCCACACUCACCUGGCUAUGGUUGACCUGGACGAGUUCAUUGUGCCGAGGACUCCAGCUGCAGACCUCGGCGAGCUCUACCACAACAUCCUCACACCUAAACAAGGGGAGGUAGGUGACGCUGCCCUCGUCCCAAAUGUCUUCUACUGCUCAGACUUCAAGGAAAACGCCGAAGAACACGAAGAAUUGUUCCAAAUUUUUCAGUUCAAGCAGAGGGAAGCGCGUCUGUGGCCAUCAAAAUCACGCUCUAAAAUGAUAGUGAUCCCCGAGGCUGUUAUUUCCGUCGGCCACCACAUGAUCCAUCAUUUCCUGAAGAAGACCUCCAAGAACCAGGCAUCCCACAGGAGUGUGUCCAUCCUGCACCACUACCGCACGUGUGGAAACCUUCGCCUGGGUAGACAUGCCACCGGGAGCUUAGUACUUGACCAAGAGACCAUGAAAGAUGCCGCCAUGAUCAAGUACAAGAAAGCUAUCCUCACCUCCAGGACUGUGGCCAUUUAUAGGAAAUUCAUCCAUCAGGGCUAAAGUUGUUAUUGAGAUGCUGAACACGGACAUACAUACAUACAUAACACAUGUAGAUAUUUACUAAAUAUUAACAUUUAUACAUCAUAACAUUUAUCCAAGGAACUCUGUAAACACAAACAUCAAGGCACUCUAUAUGAUCAUGAAUUUGUUCUUCCUUGGCUCAAAUUAUAUAAUCUCAUGGAAUUUUCAUCAGCCGACUAGAUUUUAAAGAUAUGUGACAAAUAAUAUUAUUCAUCUUUGUAUGUUGUAUAUUCACUGUUAAUAAUAAAAUAAUAAUGUGAAAAUGUAAUGUAG